AUGGUGUCUCAGCUGCCUCUACUGCUUCUCUUGCUGCUGUGCCCACUGGGUGGGCAUGGCUGCCACGGGCCGGACGUGGACCGGGAGCUCAUCUUGGCCAAGGUCAGGGCUCUGUUCCUGGAUGCCUUGGGGCCCCCUCCUUUGACCGGGGAAGGUGAGGCUCCUGCAGUCAGGCGGCUACCCCGAAGACACGCUCUUGGGAGCUUCUCACGCCGGAACUCGGAGCCAGAGGAGGAGGAUGUCUCCCAGGCCAUCCUUUUCCCAACCACAGGUGCCAGUUGUGAGGACCAGCCAGCAGCCGGACAUCUGGCACAGGAGGCCGAGCAGAACCUCUUCAUGUACAUGUUCAGGCCGUCCGAGCACAUGCGCAGCCACAAGGUGACUUCGGCUCAGCUGUGGUUCCACACUGGGCUAAAUGGGCAGGGCAAGGUGAUCUCCAACAGCUCUGAGCCCUUGUUAGGCCUGCAGGUGCUGUCCUUGGGGGGGCCCAUGGCUGUACCCAUGUCCUUGGGCCAGGCACCCCCUCGCUGGGCUGUGCUGCACCUGGCGGCCUCUGCUCUCCCACUGCUGACUCAACCAGUGCUGGUGCUGCUGGUGCGCUGCCCUCUCUGUGUCUGCUCAGCCCGGCCUGAGACCACGCCCUUCCUCGUGGCCCACACACGGGCCAAACCAUCUGGCGGAGGGGAUAGAACCCGCCGCUCGGCUCCCCCGAUGCCCUGGCCUUGGUCUCCUGCAGCUUUGCGCCUGCUCCAGAGAGCUCCGGAGGAACCCACUGCCCACGACUACUGCCACCGAGCAGCGCUCAACAUCACCUUCCAGGAGCUGGGCUGGGACCGGUGGAUCGUGCACCCUCCCAGUUUCAUCUUCCACUACUGUCACGGUGGUUGUGGGCUGUCCACUCCAGCAGACACACCCCUGCCCAUCCCUGGGGUGCCCGCGACCCCAGUCCCUGCAUUUUCUUUGGUGCCAGGAGCCCAGCCUUGCUGUGCUGCCAUUCCAGGAACCAUGAGGUCUCUACGUGUUCGUACCACGUCAGAUGGCGGUUACUCCUUCAAGUAUGAGAUGGUGCCCAAUCUUCUCGCACAGCAUUGUGCUUGCAUUUAA